CAGACAGAUGUUAAAGUUAAGAACUUGGACAAGACCAUUUGAGUUUUUGGGGGUGUCUGGUGAUUUUUUAUUCACCAUCUGAGGUUUAGUUCCUCUGUUUUUUUUUUCUUUGAAUGCAUUCCUUUCUGGAAUACUUGGUGUAGCCGUCCGUCCGGAGAUUGUGGUGGCAGACUUGAGUGGAUCAUCUUCCACCGAGGCCAGAUAGUUUGAUCAAAUUUGGAAUUGACUUCAUCCUUAGUGAGGACUCGGCGUCAAGAUUUGAGAAAGUCAAUGGGUUUUCCUUCUUUCUUGUGAAUUAAGUGUGUCAUGAAUGUUGUUUUCCUUGAAACUUUGUAAUCAUCUUCGGUGUGGUUCAAGAGUAAUCGGAGCUGAAAUUCGUCUCUAGAGGAAUUUGAGCUGAAAUGGAAUUUAUUUGAGCUUACUAAACUGAAAGUCAGCCUCCUGUGCUCAGGGACUUUUCUAAAGGGAUUUGACAUUCUCAUUUCGCCGUUUCCUGGUGGUGCAGGAACUUAUUUCUGAUCUUCUUUCUGGAAUUGUAGAAUGGGGACACAAAAAAUAGACACGAUAGAAGACAUGACGACGACCAUGGAUCGUCUCCAGCAGGAGCUGGAUAACCUAGACCAAGCCAGGCAGGAGCUUUCCAGUCCUCAGCCUUACACCACACAGACCAUCUCAUCAGCCAACCUCUACUCCAGUCAGCCCAAGAAGUUUGCCCCUGUCACUGCGCCCAAACCCAAGGGCAAGGCUGGUGGGUAUGGGGGUAGUUCUCUGCCCCCGCCAGGCCCCCACAGUUCCAGAGCCCCUCCCCCUCCAACGCUACCCAAACCAACCAGGCAGACGCCAGCGAAAGUAGGUCCACCAGCGCCACCUCCUAAAACAUCUCCGCGCCAUCAGCAGUUUAGUACAGCAGCUGUGCAGUCGCACACUCAGGUAUCAUUUCCCAAGUCGGAAGACUUCCUCCCCCCACCCCCACCUGCCCAAGCCGUCUCCCCCGGAGAUGCACCUCUUCCCCCACCACCCCCUGAGCUUCUACACGGUGGAGGGGUCCACUCUGACCUACCCCUGCCCCCGCCACCACCCCCAAGCCACGUGACGAUGCAACAGUACAACGAGCCGCGCCCUCCACCGCAGCCCCAUGUCCAGCCAAGCUACAACAAGCAGCCUGCGUAUCAACAGCAGCGGCCACCCCAGCAGAACGGGGGCGCUGCGACGGCUGCCUACAAGCCGAUUCCACCAGACCUACCGAGGAGCUAUGCAGGGACCACCGUACCCAAGCCAACAGACCAGCCGAUCUCGGCGCCUGCCAAGACGGGUACGGAGGCUGAGAUUGACGCACUGACCAAUUUACUCAUGCAGAACAUGGAGGUGACCCCGGAUGAAGGAGAAUUCUUUGGAAUCUGCGCCCGAUGUGGUCAGAAGGUUGUUGGAGAUAACAGCGGUUGCACUGCUAUGGACCAGGUGUACCACAUUGACUGCUUCACCUGUGAUACCUGCCACGCCAAACUGCGUGGACACCCCUUCUUUGCCCUGGAGGGUAAAGCCUUCUGUGAGACCUGCUACAUGGAUUCGCUGGAAAAAUGCUCCACCUGUUCCAAGCCUAUCACUGAAAGGAUCUUGAGAGCCACUGGCAAGCCGUACCAUCCACACUGCUUCACCUGUGUAGUGUGUGGAAAGAGCCUUGACGGGAUACCGUUCACUGUGGAUGCAACUAACCAGAUUCACUGCAUUGAGGACUUCCACAAGAAGUUUGCCCCUCGCUGCAGUGUCUGCCUUCAGCCCAUAAUGCCCGAGUCAGGCCAGGAGGAGACAGUCCGCAUUGUGGCCUUGGAUCGUAGCUUCCAUGUCGGCUGCUACAAGUGUGAGGAUUGUUACGCUCUAUUGUCUUCCGAAGCGGAUGGGCGUGGCUGCUUCCCAUUGGACGAUCAUAUUCUGUGCCGUGACUGCAACACCAAGCGUGUCCAGGCCCUCACAGCACCAUAAACAGACAAACAUACAAACAAACAAACAGAGAGAGAGAGAGAGACUGAAUUGCAAAAUAAACCAAAGGACUUCAGCAACCAUUUUGGUCAAUUAUUGGAAAAUGACUGUUUUUUUAAACAGUGUUUUUAAUUUGUUGCCUUUUCACUUUAAACCAUGAUAAAUGGAAACAAACAAAUUUCUGUGCUUCCCUUCAAAGUACUAGUUAAAAGUGUUUUCAACAUGUUUAUGGCCACAAUUAGACAAAAAAUAAUCUGUGGAAAGGGUUCUAUACAUUUUCUUAAGUAUGGCUGAAAAUCUGUGUGUACGACAUGCAUUGUGGGAAAUGCAUAGUGUGCCGAAAACACCUGCAAUCAAGCAACGUGCACAACUCCAUGUGCCUGUAGUGUGUACUGCAUUAUCGGUAAAAAUGAUGUGAACUUCUUAGCGUGUAUCUUCAUUUGAAUGAAAGGAUUGUGCACUAUGCAUAACAGACACAGAUUUCCGGCCAAAUAGUUUUUAGGACCUGUUUCUUCCCUGUGCUGUAGGAAACUAAGGCCGUGUCUGAAACAGCGACUCCGGCUACAGCUAUGGCUAGAUCAGCAUAUCUGCCAGUGUUGAAGAAUAGGAAGCAGGCAGACACAAGCGAUCUAGCCGUAACUAUAGCUGAAGUCGCUGUUUCACACACGGCCUUAGUCUGGUACCCUGUAUGUCUACUGGUUGUGGAGGGGUGAAAUCAAUUUUGUUAUUGAGGGUACAAGUCUGUAGAAAAAGUGCCUUGUUUUAGAGAUUCUGUACUUGUAUAAAAUGAAGCUCAGCUGCAGUAAUUGGAAAAAGUCUUUUAAUUUUGUUGGGGUGUCAACAAGUAGAACCGUGUGGCGUGAAAAUAACUUCAAUCAGGUUGCUUGAAAUUGGCAAAAAGUUUUAUGUGUAAUGCUUGCUCUGAUUGGUUAAAAAUGUAGCAGAUGGAUUCUGAUGGCAGAUUACAUGUAGUUGCAGUUUAUAUAAUGGGUUGGAAUUGUUUUUAAUCUAGGCAGUCUACAUGUGUAGGUACUGAAAGCAGAGACUGUGACUGGAAUGUAAAUUGGCAGCUUAGAUUUUUAGUUUGACCAUGAUCAGUUGAAGGCUUCACCAGAAUGCAGCUUCGAAAAUUUAAAGAAGGAUAUUGGAUUGUAAAGGAGUCAGAAUGAAAGCAAUAAUUAUUUUAAAAUUGUAGAGGAACUGUUAUUAUGUCUUCAAACAAAAGAUUAUCAUUCAGUUUUAUGAACCGCCAUUAGAAAAGGAUGUUACUACAGUACUACAGUUUGUUUUCAGAAAAUGGUGGCAGAAGUGGGAUCAUAUGGAGCAGGUGGCACACUGUGUAAUAAUUGGUUAAAUAUCAAUUGUUUUCUGUGCACAGAUUGGACAAAGACGGAGAUAAACUGUCGUACUUCAUCCCAGUGUUUUCAUGUAUAAUGGUUUAUACUUUCGCUUGUUUGUUGUGCUCGGUUCUAUAGCCAAAACUGUUUUAGCUAACAAAAGUUAUUUUAUUUUAGGACUAACUGUUUUCCUUCCAUCGUAAGUUAUAAAAGCUUUGGUUUUUUCGCUUCUAAAGUUGUAUUUUGUUCCUGCCUUACAGUUCCUUUGAAAGUAAUUGUCAGAGUUUUGUUUGAAGGCAACCCAUUGGCAAACGUAUUUGUUACUUUUCGGGAGAAAUGUAAAAGAAUAAUGUUCAACUUCGGCGAAUUGUAUCUGAAGUCAAGUUAUUAGUGAAACAAACAUUUUGUAAGAACUUCUGUAAAAAAUUAGUUCAAAAUUAGUUAAUAACAACAAAAAUGUAACCUUUGUUAGAUAAUUCUAGAUUUAAAAAAAAUCUUUUUGAAUGAGAAAAUGAAUCGUUUCAAAAUGUAAUCCUUUGUAAGAUUGUGUCAUAAACACAUCAAACAAAUUCUCUAAACUUAAUUCAAAUUCUUAUUUUUAGCAUGUUUAAAACUAAUGCAAAAUGUAUCCUAUUUGCCCUAAAUUUGUAAUCGUUUAAUUUUUUUCAAAAUAUUAUUAUUAUUAAUAAUAAAAAUAGGGAAUAUUUAUUGUAAAGUUUUCAUGUGAAAUAAUAACAUCCUUUGACAAGUUUAAAAAGGUUAAAAAAAUCCAAUGGAGAAAAAACCCAAAACGUAUCAGGGAGUGGUUGAAAUUUGCUCACAGGUUUAGUUUUUGGUCUCUCAACACAAUUGUAAAUAAUUCGAUUAAAAAAAGAUCACAAUCUUUCCCUUUCAUUAUCAUUAUGUUCUGACCCACCAAACUAAUUAAAUCAUAACAAAUAAUAUGCAAACACUAUUAAUUUACAUUUUAAAUCAUGAUAACUAAAAAUGAUCAAACUGUUAUGAUCUUGGUAGACCUAUCUUAGGAAAGUCUGCAAUUUUCUAACAAGCAUUUUGAAAUUUUUGUGUUGACUUUUAUUUUGCAAGUUAUGUGGAGAUUUCCUUUUAAUUUGAAUUCCAAAUGAAUAUUUGAAACAACUUAGUUUGGAAUUGUGUUCUGUUUUUUCUUUUUCGAGUUAUUAGAUGCAUAUAAUUACUUCUAUACUUUGAGACUAGAUUCAUAUUUUACAGUACAUUAUAAUACCAAAUACUGCUACCCGUUUGUGGAACUAUUAUGCUAUGCGAUAUUUUUAUUAAUUUUGGGAAAAUAAAAUAAAUACUACUAAUAACAUUGUA